AGGUGAUAUUUCGAUUUACCUGUAACUCCCAUAAGUUUGCUGCCUUACCUGUGCUUAGAAGGUGUUGUUUGAGUGUGUUUUCUUACGAAAAGUUCGAGUGUAAAGACUAAGAUCUAUAAAGUCUCAUUUAGCUUUGAGGAUAGAAGUUAUGGUCGAUAUCAAGUCCUAAGGAAGUUAAUUAGCUUCUUCAGGAAGUCGGGAGCAUCUAAACAUGAUGCUGGGUGAUGCCAAGGAAAACAGUGCUUAAAGACACUCAGAUUUGCUCACAGACACUAAUAAAGGGGAACGAUGAGAAGCCGAGCAAAUUGACAGCAUGAGUACUCAAAAGGCAUUUGGUUGGUACACUGAAGCAUUAGAGUUGGUUGAUGACCACCCAGACCACGACAAUCUACAGAACUCAUUGUCACUAACAGACUUAAGCCAAGAUGACAGAUUCUCCCUCGAAGGCUGUGUUCAAUUGGAGAGGAGGUGGAGGCUCUGGCACAAGUUUAUGAAAGACUACUCUUGUUUGGAUGAUUGGUUGCGACUGGCAGAGAAGUUAGCUGCCUCCCCAAACUCCAGUCAUGUGCUAUACAACACAGCAAAAGAGGAACUGCAGAAAUUUGAGAGUUUACGCACUGAGGCUAGGCUGUGCUUGGCCCAGCUUGACAGCCUGAACCAGACAAGUCGCAUCCUGUUGGGACUGUUUAAGGGAUCUAUGAAAACCAGACUGAUAGAUAUGACUAAAGAGUGUGGUCAGCGCUGGGACCAGCUAAAAAGCACUUUGGACACAGUGUGUCGUCGGUUGAGGCACUUUGUGGUCCAGAGGGAGGACUUUGAGAGGCAGCAAGAGGAAAUGGCCAUCUGGCUGGCUGAUAUGGAUUUGAAGUUGACUGAGGUGGAGCAUUUUUCUGAAAUGAACACUUGUGCCAAAAUGCGACAACUUCAGGGUUUCCAGGAGGCAGUGGCUGAAAGUGCGGGACGACUAAAUGCACUGCUCCAGCAAGGGGAAGAGUUGAUCCAGAGAAGUGAGCCAGCUGAUGCCCAGGUCAUAGAGAGCCAACUACAGGAGCUUCUCCUGUACUGUGCUCGUGUCUUCCAGGGCCUAGGUCAUCUUCACACACGGCUUCUUAGCAUGAGACUGGUGUUUGAGGAGGACUUGGUUCUGUGUCCAGAUUCCGGCUGUCCUUCUGAGACAUUGCUUGAGGAGGAAAGUGUUAAAGACCACAGUCUUGCACCACCAGUUCAGGGUAACCCCUCUCAGGUUUGCCCAGAACAGCUGGUUCUGGAGUGGGACCCAUCAGUGGAUAUUGGAGGCUCUAUUUCUCAUGAUAUGGAUUCUUUCUACCUCAGUGCUGAUGCAGGGGUUAACAACCCAGAGCAGCUUCUUACUAAGGAUCCUUGGAGGAGAAGAGCUUACUUGAGAUCUGCAGAGUCAUGUCCGUCUGCGAAAUGUGCACAACACACGGUCACUGAAGGUAACUUUGAUUGUAUAGCUCCACCACAGACCCUUGUGCCAGACACUGAGAGUCCCUUGCAUGCUUCGUUUUGGAAGACUUCCACCCCAGACUCACAUUCCCCUGAGCCUGUCGCCUUUAAAUCUGACCGUGUCAGCGCCUGGCUGGUCCAGACACCUCGGCUGUGUUCUAGAGCUGUCCAGACAGAGCAUGCACCACAGCAGUGUUCAAGCUUUUAUACAUCAGCAUCCACACAGGAGCACAAGGGGGAGGAGGUGAGGGUAGCUGACUAUCUGGAAAAUGUGCUUCUCAAGAGACGCUCCUGCUCAUCGCACACGAAUAACAUGUGUUCCACCAAGUCAUGUGACCUUCAGUCUCACUCUGCCAAGCAUUACUCAAGCACACAGCGUAUGAAGAGGAGCCUGAACUCCCAUGAUUCACUAAAGGACAGCAGCUGCACUAAGAUAAACUGUGGCAACCAUGAACAACUCUGGUCACACAGUCUCCUAAAGCUUUUGGAGCUUCUGAAGUCCCCGGCUCUGCUCUGCUUUCUGCUAGCUUUAUUCGUGGUUCCUGGUCAUAUGGUCCACCUCAGCAGACAAGCAAUGCUACCACUCCAACUCUGUGCCUCAUUCCUUCCAACUAGCCUUGUGCUAUGUCAACGGACCACCUCCAACCUGAGAACUACAGAGACACACAGGGUACCUUUACACCCUGCCACAUUUGAAGUGUUCUUACAGUAGAGCACCAGAGACUGAAGCUUGGAGAUGUGAUACUUUACAUGAAGAAAGGACUCAAGCAAUUGCACUGUGGUUGGGUGAAAGAUUUCACACAUUAGUCUAGGUUUUAUUAGGCACUUUUUGUUUUGUAUUUUUGUAGACACAAAGAUUUUGUUGGGAGCAUUUCAUUCAAUUAAAUUUUGAUGUAUGUCCCUUGCAAUAGCCAAUGUUUUAUCAUUAGUUAUACAGGUUUGGUUCAGUACAGGAUAACAUUUUUGGAAUUAUAAGCAUUCACUGUCUUAAUAUGGGAAUUAAAUAAUUGUAUACCGCACUACUAUUUAAUCAUAAUAAUCUAGAAAUUAUUUAUUAAUAUUUUUAGAAGCAAAAUAAAUAAAGUAUAUUAAAACUGUAGUUUGUGCUAUGAA